AUGGGAUUAUUUUCGAAAAAGAAAGCAUCUUCGCCACCAAGUUCAAUCAAGUCUGCAGGAGCACAGGGCUCUUCAGCUUCCGUCAAGUCUGACUUGGGACUAUCUUCUUCGAAUGAGUCACUCAAAUCAGAUGCAUCUGGUGGCAAGAUCAAGGGGUUGUUGAAGAAGAAGUUGAAUGGGGCCAGUGGUGCAGCAAGUAAUGGAAAGGUGAGAAAUGACAAAGGAUCGAGUGGGGAUGUUGAUAAGAUAAGCGCUGACUUAGGUCACGCAAAUAUUGGGGGAGACUCACCGAAGAAACAAACGUCUGGUUUGACUCUACAGGUACCACCUCAUGGUGGAAAUGGAACGCAUAUGGGCUCAGAAGGACCUUGUUUUUCACGAUACAAAAGACGGGUGAGUACAAUUAUAGAAAGUGAACACAAUUCUAGUGGUGAAGACGAAGAUGAGGACGAGGACGAUGGUGAUAGUGCUGUGUUUUCAGAUACAUCGGAGUCUGAUUUGGAAGAAGAUCAUUUGCAUCCAAUAAAACCCAAAUACGAUGCCACUCAUCAUGAUUUGGCACAGCAGCUAUCUACAAUUAUGGGAUACUGUGGUCUACUUCGAGACACGUCAUGCUCAGCAGAGGAAGCCAACAACGAAAGUCAACGAACGUACUCAUUACUUGAUCAAGAAAACAAGAUCAAGAAGUUGCCCAAGUCUGUACAUAACGAUGAGUCAAUAAUUGGUGAGUAUCAAAUACAAUUGAUACGAAACUUAUCUAGCAAGAUUGAGAAUUUGAUCAAUGAUGGGAAGAAUGAGAAAGUAUUAACACGAGAAAAGUCAUUGUAUCAAAGAUACGGUGUGGUUCGCAAUGUCAUUGGGAAAGGUGCCUAUGGGCUAAUCAAAUUCAUUGAUCCUGAAGGAAACAAAAACUCCUCAACAUUGUCAUCCAACAAUUUACCACCAUUAGGCAAGCGAUUAUAUGUGGUUAAGGAACUACUGCGACGUAAAGAUGAAAAAACUGAUAAUUUCAUCGAACGUAUCAUGUCGGAAUUUGUCAUUUCGUCCACAUUGAAUAGCAAGUACAUUAUUGAGACUGUUGAUCUAAUGGGCACGCUAUCUCCCACCAGCGCACAGCAAAUGCAAAUGCAAUCGCAAUUACAAUCGGCAAUGGAUAUUCGUAUAAGUCAAGUGAUGAAUUGUAGUUCUGGAGGCGACUUAUUCUCGUAUUUGUUGACGGGGACUGAUAUCAAUAACAAAACUGUGAAAUUCAUGUCGUUGUAUGAGGUUGAUUGUAUAUUGAAGCAAGUUGCUCGAGGUUUGAAAUACAUGCAUGCGCAUGGAGUUGCACAUUGUGACUUAAAGUUGGAAAACAUAUUGAUUUCGUACCAGCCAGACAAUGAGGGCAACUCCAGCAAGGGUGACGGCGGUAAUUUUAAAAAUGUGAAAACAUCUCCGCAAUCUAAGAUGCUGAUCAAGUUGAGUGAUUUUGGUAAAUCAUUUGUGUUUCGAACGUCAUUUGAUAAAUCGGAACAAAAACUACAAGGGUCUCAAGGUGCCAUAAUUGGGUCUGAGCCAUAUAUCCCACCAGAGGAGUACUUGUGCAACCAAACCAAACUGUCUUACUCCUCAGUAAAGAAGGAUUGUUGGGCAUUUGGCAUUGUGGCUUUGGCAUUGCUCAAUAUUCGAAGACACUACUAUUCCUACCCGUCAGCAAUAUCAACAUCAGCGUCUAAUGGUGGUGCUUUUCGACUGGGUCUGAAGUUGGUUGCUGGUAAUGAUGCCGAUGGGUAUAGUACGGGGUACUUGUGGAAAAACACCGAGAGUAAGUCUAAUAGCCAUAACAGUGCCGUAAUUAAUGGCAAAGACGGGGGAGCAGCAGCAGCAGGAACAGGAGCAGGAGCGUCAGUGGGUGGUAUCUUGCUGAGAUUGGAGUUUAAGGAUAAGGUAUUUGUCGAAUACGUGAAGAAGAGAAUGGUUGGUGACUAUGAUUGCAAAAGUAAAGAAUGGUUGAUUAAACGUCCGGGAAAAUUCAUGCCGAUUGAGAAUAUAUGCAAGCCGAUGCGCAAUGGAAUAUCUGCUUCUGGAGAAGAAGAUGAAUGCGAUAGGUUUGAACAAAAUGGGGCGAAGGAAAAGGAAGUUAAAGUAGAUGCAUUUGGAGCUGAUGUGGAUGAUGAAGAUGAGGACGAUUUGAGUGAAUUGAGAGUCUUGAUUCUUUACAAAUUACUUGAUCUCGAUCCUAGUACACGAAUGACCAUGGAUCAGUUUUUGAAAAGCGAUUGGAUGACGGCCACCGAGUCGUGCUUUUAA